AUGGCUACACUUGGACCAACUGGAACACCACGUCCUACAUCUUCUCCAGCAUCACCUGCUCAACCAAAGUCUCAGGAUGAAACUUCUAGAGUUGGAAUUAUUUGCGCAGUUUCAUUAGCGGCGUUUAUUAUUUUUAUCAUAUCAGUGAUUACUGUUAGAUACAUACUACGUCAGCGACGGCAUGAUAUUCGAUAUGGAAUGAGCAGCGCAAAAAUAGAGGCAAGUGGGCUUCCAGAAAAUGAUAAUCCUACGGGUCAUGGAGACCCACGAAGGAAGAUAAGGGCAGAACGACAAAAAUCCAACUUAAUUCAUGGUAGUGGUCUCGGACAGCCACCAAUUCAUCCGGGUCCAACAUAUCCGGGUCCAACAUAUCCGGGUCCAACAUACCCGGGUCCAACAUAUCCGGGUCCAACAUAUCCGGGUCCAACAUACCCGGGUCCAAUAUAUCCGAGUCCAAGAAAUAAUUCACAAUAUAAUGAACAAGGUGAAGAUAAUAAUAUAUUGAGAAUUGCAAGUGAUGAAGGUGGACGAAAUGAUGGAUCAAGAAAUUAUGGACCAUCUGAAGAUGACAUUUUAAGAGUGCCUAGUGAAAGGGAAAGUAUGAAUGAAACAAUGCGAUUAGCUCAAGAAGCAUUAAGAACGAAAUCAAAAGAAGAAAAUCCGAGAGAGUCACGGCAAGUUUUGACGUUUUCCGGAAAUACAGAAAUUGAUACUAAUCUUAAGGAUAUCACACAAUAA